AUGGUGUCACAAACAUGGGAUGUGAUGAUUGGCAUGUAUGCUGGCGCUGGUAUGGCUGCAAAGGCAGUGGAUCUCUUCAAGGUUAUGCCGGAGAGUAGAGCAAGACCGAAGUUGGAGCCACGCCACACUACAAUAUUCACUGUGGCUGCUGCUUGCGCGCAAUGUGGGAUGCUGACUCAAGCUAGCUGGAUACAAGAUUAUGUGGAUCAUCACAUCACGAGGUUUUUGAACAACCAUACUGAGGCUGCUCUCAUUGACAUGCACUCAAAAUGUGGUGAUAUAGAAAGGGCUCAUGCCUUGUUCUGCAGGUGGAAUCAAAGAGAUCUGAUCUGUUAUAGUGCUAUAGUUUCUUCAUUCGGCAUGCAUGGUCGUGGGAAUUACGCAAUUGCAGUUUUUAAUGAGCUGUGUGACAAGGGCAUAGACCCUGAUCGCAUUUGUUUUAUGUCAAUCCUUGCAGCUUGCAGUCAUACAGGUCUGUUGCAUGAGGGGUGUCGAUACUUCCAGAUGAUGAAGGAUGAGUACCACAUUAUUCCAACUGUGGAACACUACUUGUGCAUGGUGGACUUGCUUGGUCGUGCAGGAUGCAUAGAUGAGGCUUACCAAACGAUCACGCAUAAGAUGCCAACGGAAAUGCAAAUACACGCUGGCAUUUGGGGAGCUCUGUUAAGCGCACGCAUGACUUACUCAAAUGCAGAGAUUGCGGAGGUGGCAGCAAAGCACCUAUUCAAGUUGGAACCAGAUAACAUGGGGAAUAUGUCUUGCUAUCAAACAUAUAUGCAAAUGAGAGGAAAUGGGACGGAGUCCAAAAGGUUCGAGCCCUCAUGA